CCUUAUUUCUCUUCUCUCUCGUGUCCUUUCUCAGAAUCUCUUCUUCCCUCGUCUGUAUCCUCUUUCUAUUGCCAGCAACAUCUCUUCUGUCCCGUGCAGCCUCUGCUCCGCCCUCCGUCUACGGUUCGUGCCCCGCCAUCGUGAAGUUCGUAAUCCUAUAAUUUCUUAUCAAUGGCUGCUGAAUCAAGGAAACGUGCAAUGGAGGCUUUGGAGAGAAGAAUUCAAACUGAACAUAAACUAAAAGAAAAGAAAAACAAAAGGGAUAUAAAUCAUGAACAUAUCCUAAAGGAAAAGAAAAUCAUUAAGUCUAUAAAUGAAGAUGUAAAAUCACCUAUUCCACCACCCUCUACUUCUAAUGAUCCGUCCUUGCCUUUAUGUCGUCCAUCGUUGGAUACACCCAACAAAGGGAAUUUCGGUCUUUUUGGUCGUGCCAUUUCACAAGAGAAAGAAGAUGGUCCAGAAUAUGCCCAACUUUCUGUGGCUGUAAAUGAAAAUCUGCUCACAACUAAUGGGGAGUUUUCUUCUGAAAGAGGAGGUUCAGUUUCCGGAAUAUUGCAUGAACUUCUUCAGAAGGGAGAUGCAGCACAAAAGUACAUGCAAGGAUCUAGAAGCAUGAGAAUCGACAGCUAUAUCCUUCUUGAUAAUUUUGUGCAAGGACGCGCACUUUCUUCAUCUUCUCAAACAAGGGCUUUGCAACUUCAUUCAAAACGUUCUAAGAAGCACAUGUCCAUGAAACAACAUAAAAAACAUGGAUCAAUGGAUCUUCCUAAAGAGUUCCAUAAAUUUGACAUUUUCAAGCCAAUGCAUGACAUGUGGAAAGAUUAUAUAAAGUUGUUGCUUAAAUCCACUGGGAAUAAUCAAUUGGCUCAAUGUCUCCUAGGUGCAGAUCUACAUGGUGCUAUUAUUUUAGUUGUGGAGUGUAAACUAACCCAUUUUAUUGGAACUGGUGGCAUCAUGAUUCGUGAAACUGCAGAAGCUUUUGGGAUAAUUACUGAAGAUAAUAAAUUCCGAGGAACUCUAACGCAUACUUUCUCCUAUGCUUUGCUGAGAACACUGGAAAUGGAAAUGCUCUUCAUGCUAAAUUGUCAGGUGCUAUGAGAGCUAUAGAGAUUGCAGCUGCUAGAAACUGGUCACAUCUUUGGCUUGAACUUGAUUCCUCCUUAGUUGUAAAUGCUUUCAAGUCUAAGUCUGUUAUUCAUUGGAACUUAAGAAACAGGUGGAACAAUUGUCUGUUCCUGAUCAGUAGUAUGAAUUUUUUUGUUUCCCAUGUCUUCAGGGAAGGUAACCAAUGUGCUGAUGGCUUGGCUAAUUUUGGUUUAUCCUUAGACCAUCUCACCUACUGGAACCAUGUUCCUCCUUUUAUCCAUAGAUUCUAUGUAGAAAACAAGAUAGGUUGGCCUAUGUUUAGGUU